GUCAUCGCAACGCACUGACUUUUCUUCUUCAUAGCUCCAAAAAAAAUUCUGCGCCAUGGACGCCAGUAUUCUCGCAACCAUGGAUAAGGAGGCACUGAAGAAGCAGAUCGAGAACAUGAAGUACCAGGCCUCCAUGGAACGCUGGCCGCUAUCAAAAAGCAUUGCUGCCAUGCGGGAGUAUGUAGAGGAGAAUGAAAAGAACGACCCUCUCAUACACGCGCCAGAUAAGAAAAACAAUCCUUGGGCCGAGAAAGGGAAAUGUGUCAUCAUGUAAAACUUGUCGCUAUAAGUAAACAAAUUUCUAAAAUUUUAAUUUGGCUCGGAUUAUACUGCAGCAAUUCGGUUCAUUUGCAUCUUAUUUUUAUAUUUAUAAUACAUAUAAGUGACAUGCUUGCUAUAUUUGUAUUAGCCUAAGGAUCUCGUGGCGUUUGCAUAUUUACCUAUCAAGCUACUCCUGGAAACCUUUUAGAAACAAGAAAUAAGGAAGGACUCAUAAUUGAACCUUGCGGGACCCCAAUAUACUCUACUCCCGCAACAUAUUGAAAGCCUGUAUAAUAUGAAGUUGAAUGAAACUGCAGGACAAUAUGGACCGUAGAAACGUAGUUAAUUUGAUUUGUCAACUAAGACAACAUAACUAGAAUAAAAUUAUAAAUAAUUUGACAUUAUUUUCACCAAUAAUCUAGUCCUCAUAUUUCUAUAUAAUAAGGAUUGUACAUGUUGACUGUGCGUGACGCAAGAAUGUACUUAUGAACGUUUUGUUAAAAAUAUUAAAAUGGUUGUAAAUACGUUAAAUUUUGUAUUUCUAGGGAUAGAUGGCUUUUUCAAGCCAUGAAAAAGACGGAAUCUAAUGGGCAGAUAAACUUUGUGUAUUAAAAACGGUAACGUAAUUGACAACCAGCAUAAUUUAUUGAUAUGUUAUUCAUUCAGAUUUUAGUUAUAUUGAAUAAGGAAAGUCUUGGAAACACAAACACAAAACUCUUAAUAUCGUUCAAUAAAGUUCGAUAAAGUUGCAAAGAAUCCAUUCGUCUUCACGCAAAUGCCAGCAACUUCCUCUAUGAAAUUUGCGUGCAAUCGCUAUGGAUUCUUUUAAAGAACAAAAAUACAUUGAGAAACAUAUAUACAAGUAACUUUAAAACUUCUAUUUUAAUCACGAUACUAAAAACUUUGCCAUUGCGAAUCAUGUUAAAGCCUACAUUAAAUAUAAAGAUUCAUAGAGCUCGUGAAUCUUUGUAUUUGAAAUCGAUAUAAUAACGGUAAUGAAAUUUUAGGGUUAAAUCGUACAUCACAACUUAACUUUAUUGGUCGGAUCACGAACUUAAAAAAACUGUUCAGGAAUUUAUAGGUAUUGGCAAUUAAUACAAUUUAGACGUGGAGUUAAAAGAAAUAUGUUAAAGUAGCGAAGUUGAUAAAAUAUUAUAAAUAAGGUAUAACUAAAAUGACAUAAUCUUAUUGGUAAUUUAUAUCUAAGGCCGAUUUAGGAUAAUUUUUUAUUGAAAGCAGGUACAUUCCACAGUGCCAUUAUUAAUUAAUGCUUCUAUUAUAUUUCUCGCAUAUUCUCUCCUCUUUGCCCAGGUCUCCUUUUUUUUCUUUUAUUGAUAACAAUUUUUCUUUAAAAUUAUCAUUUUAUUAACGCCCCCCAGCAUAUUUCCUUGAAAAUUAAACAAUCUUAGGCUCUAUGAGAAUAAUUCUUAAAACUAGCACUUGAUUAAAGUAGAAAUGAUGAAAAUCGAAAAACCCACGCUUUUAUUGAAAUGAGCUUUCGUAGAUUUUCAAAAAAAAAAUAAGUUAAUGUAUACCUACCUAAGAUUUUUAAAUAUUCACACGAAUCUUUGUUGAUUAUUCGUAACUUGAACUUAAAAAAAUUAAGUAAUCAAAAUGAUUUAAGUACUUUUAAUUAUUUCAAUCUAGAAUCUAAAGUAACAUUCCAAUUUAAAGGGAAAAAUCUCCCAACCUUCGAUUUAAAUAGAGAAAAAUUAAAUUUAUGCACAGUAGCUAUAUAGAAUAUUAAACUUUAAUGAACCUAAUCUAAACUAUAUUUAAUCUUAUUAAAGUUACUUCCCUUUUACCAUAUCUAGACAUGAAAUAUUGAAAAUCAUUCUGGCUGUGAGCAAUACUCAUGUAGUUAGAGGCGUUAUCAUUAUUAUCGUCAACAUUUUUGCAAAUACCGACAAUAAAUAUUAAAAUCAUUUUUAAUUUUGUAUUGAAUUAGCCUCGCAUACCACCUAAAUUGUUGAUUGAUUCUCAUAUCUGCUCAUGUCAUUGCGUUCUCUAAAAUCCAUCAUUUCAUCUCUCUUUGUUUGAUUUUUCGUUAUUCUGUCCUUUCUUAGUAUAGGAUUAAGAUUAGAAUUUAGAUUUGUAGUUCUAAAUAUAAUUAAGCUAAGUAAUGAAAUCAAAGUUGUUUGUUAACUUAAACGAUAAAAGUUGCAAUUCAGAGAAUUAGCCGUAGUCAAGUUAAAAAUGAAAUGUAAUGCGUUGGAUUAAAAGUAGUGUUUAAAGUAAGACGGUUGCUGAGACGAUUACAGCUUUGGCAAAGUUUCCUCGUCUCUUAUUGACUUAGGUUAUUGGAAAAUUUUCAAGACUUUCCAAUUUUGUUUUGAUAUAUGUAUAUUUUAUUUUAUAUUAUAAGUUGAUACCAAAGAUUUCAGUCCCGGGAGACUUUCCACUACCAAUAACAAGUUUCAAUUUAUCUUAAACUAUUGGUAACUCAAUUGAUAAACUUAAUGGAAUAAUAAAAAGUUAAAUGACUAGUUAAGAUGAUAUUGGAAAUGAUUUUUUUAGAAUCAAUAGGUUAAGUUAUUGUAUGUUAUUACUUAUUAAUAUUAUGUAAUCAGUAAUCACUGGAAUAAAAUUAAUGCCAUAUAA